AUGAAAUGCACAGCAUGUCAAAUGGAUGUUGAUGGCCACACCAAGGAGCAUUACUUGUCUGAGAUACACAGGAUAAAUGUAAAGAGACAGAUAUACGGCAUGCCACCAAUAACAAUCGAUGAGAUGCAAGCAGAUAAUGCAAGCAGAGCUAUUGAGCAAAGUAAUGCUCAAGAAGCAGAUGCCAGAUGCCAACGAAGGAUCACUGUCAAUGAAAAGAUAAAGACAUGCGCAGCAAAGUGCGUAUUUUGUGAUGCUGAAGCAGAUCAUACUCAUUACAAAGGCCAUGGAAUGUCUGAUGAGCAGAUUGAGCAUAUAAAGAGGAAUACUUGCUAUGUAUGCCACGAAGGAUUUGUAGGGGAUGAGUGUCUGAAGAUACACAUUGCAUCUGGAAAGCACAGAAACGCAGUAGUUGACGGGAGAAACUUGAUCCUGCAGGAUGGUAGAGUGAUCAGUGUACGAGGGCAUAAGGUGCGGCACGACAAUUCAGGAGAAAGCGAUGCGCUUGGAAGCAGAUUGGCUAUGAGGAAUGAAAAGCAGAAAGCAAGCGCAAUUUCAUUGAUAGUUAGUAAAGCAGAGAAAAUAAUGUCUGUUAACAACAAAAACCAGCUGAAGGUUUCUCUUUCGAUGAACCACCAGCAGCAUUUCAAGCCUGACUGGAUGCAAUAA